GCCAGUUCAAAUGUGAACACAAUUCUUGCUGCCAGUCGAAAGAAGAAUGUGGUAACCCUGUCUUUUUGCCAAAGAAAUUUUCACGUAAACGUUUCUGCAGAUAAACAUUCUAGACAAAAAUAAAGAAAAGCAUUGCGGAUUAAGCGGAAUGUGCAAAGUUUUUUGGUAAAUAACUAUAACGUCUUUAGCCAGAUCAAUUUAAUUGCGAAUAUUAUGUCGUCCAUUAUAACGCGCAAGGAUGCAGAAAGCGCCGACGCCGACGAAAAGAAAUCGAAAACAGCUACAGCCAACAAACGCAGCGCUGCUGGCCCCGACGUCGGCGUCGAUGCGGUUCCAAAGAAGUCACGAUUCGAUGUCAAGGAGAAGAAUGGUGGGGCGCCGCCCAUCGAUGCGAUGGCCUCCUCGCUGAGCUCCACACAAAUCAAACUGAUGAUGGCACAUGCGCAGCGCGAGAUCGAAGAGCGCAAGCGUGCUCUUAGCAAUCUGCGUGAUAAGGAUCCUUUGUUGGCGUCUGUGCCUCAGAUAGGAAUGCCAGUUGCGCUGGCCACCCAGGCGCUAUCCAAGAAGCCGACACCUGAAGACGCGGAAAAGGCCAAAAAGAUUGCAGAAUUGCAAGCCCAAAUACGGGCAAAACUAACGGGAAAUCUGGCCAAUCUCAUUCAGCAACAGCCGACAGCUGUGGCGGCAGCAGCUGCUGCCGCUGCCCAACAGCAGCAGGAGCGACCCAAGCCCCUAAUCCUAGAUGAGGAGGGACGAACAGUGGACAAGAGUGGACGUGCCAUCAAUAUACCCACAGUGACGCCCACGCUCAAGGCGAAUAUACGCGCCAAGAAGCGGGAAGUGUUCCAGCGCCAGACAACGGGCAGCGAAGGUAGCAGUCAUAGCGGUGCAGCCAGCGCUGGGCAGGACGAGGCCAUUAAAUAUUUUGAUGAUCGGAUUGCCCAAAAACCGACAGUGCGGAAUAAACGCACCUUGCGCUUCCAUGAGCCCGGCAAAUUCCAGCAGCUGGCAGAGCGUAUGCGCAUGAAGAGCCAAUUGGAGCGGUUGCAAAACGAGAUAUCUCAAAUAGCUCGCAAGACGGGCAUUUCAUCGGCCACCAAGCUGGCAUUGAUUGCCCCCAAGCAGGAUAUGCCCGAUGAUGUGCCGGCUAUGGAGUGGUGGGAUUCAGUCAUUCUCACCCAGGAUUUGCAGACAGUAGAUGAGACGAGCGGCAAGAUUAGCAUUCGUAAAACUGCCAUUAGUAAUCUUAUCGAGCAUCCCACACAAAUGAAGCCGCCAAAUGAGCCAUUGAAACCUGUUUACUUGCCCGUCUUUCUUACCAAAAAGGAACGCAAAAAGCUGCGUCGACAGAAUCGACGUGAGGCCUGGAAAGAAGAGCAAGAAAAGAUACGUUUGGGUUUGGUGGCGCCACCGGAGCCAAAGCUGCGUAUAUCGAAUCUGAUGCGUGUGCUGGGCACAGACGCUGUGCAGGACCCCACCAAAAUCGAGGCACAUGUGCGCGAGCAAAUGGCCAAGCGGCAGAAGGCGCACGAGGAUGCCAACAAUGCACGGAAACUGACCAGCGAACAGAAGAGCGAAAAGAAACAGCGAAAGCUGAAGGAAGACACCAGCUGCGGUGUCCACGUAAGCGUCUAUCGUAUACGCGAUCUACAGGAUAACCAAAGCAAAAAGUUCAAAGUCGAAACAAAUGCCAAACAAUUGCAAAUGACCGGCAGCGUCGUCCUAUUCCGUGACUGCUGCGUCGUCGUCGUCGAGGGUGGGCCCAAGCAGCAGAAAAAGUACCGCCGGCUCAUGUUGCAUCGCAUUAAGUGGGAGGAGGACAUGGUAAAUGGCAACGAUGGGCAGGAUGUGCCCAACUCAUGUGUGCUCGUCUGGGAGGGUACAAGUCAGCGCCGUCAUUUUGGCGAAAUCAAGUUCAAAAUCUUUCCAAUGGAGAAAAUGGCGCGCGAAUUCUUUCAAAAGCAUCAGGUUGAACAUUACUGGGAUCUAGCCUACUCCGGCGCCGUGCUGGAGGCCUCCACAGAUCAGCAGUAGUGCUGGUGUGGUUGUAAACAAUAUUAAAACGCAGCUGUUUAGGCCACAAAAUUUGUUACAAGUUUAGGUGAUAAGCUUAAAAUUAUAAACAUUCAGUUUUAUGUACAA